AGAGAGAGAGGGAGAGAGAGGGAGAAAAGAGGUUGACCAAACGCAGGGAGGAGGGAGGGGGAAGCGGCGUAUGCUUGUAUACAACCCUGAUUUCCAUUUUUUUCCCAACUCGUAAUGUAUUUAAUUCAAGUGAAACGUAAUCAUGACGUGUCGUGUCAUUAAUCUCCUCGCCGCCUCUCCCAAAAUUAAAGGAGGAGGCUGUCACAGAAGUGUGUCCCCCAUCAGCCCAGACUCUAGAGAAUGGCCUAACACAACACACACUGCUGAUAGAGGAUGGAUUCUCCGCCAGAGUGUGUGUUGUCUCUUGCUCAUGAGCAGCCCCAGUCUCCUCCAACACUGCCGUCCCUGGACCACAGCCCCCAGGCCUCGUCUCCUCACACCCAGCUGUCCCUACCCGACAGCCCCGCUAUCCUUCCCAUUCACAGCCCUGAACCUUCCCCUCAGAGCUCAGACACUACGCCUUACUUCCCCCUCUCUCCUUUCCUGCUGAAGGAGGAUAAUAACAGCAAUCACCAUGAUGGCGAUGAAGAAGAUGACGAGGAAGAUCUUGAUGGAGUUCCCCCGUCUCCAACCCCAGCAGUGGCUUUGUUUCCAGGAGGAGGAGGACAAGAGGCUGGAUGUAGCCCUUGUUUGGACACCUCUCCCCCGGCCACGCCAUCAGCGCCGGUCCUUGGAUUUGGAGCGCUAGAGUUGGCCCUUUCAUCAGGACAGAGUGGCAACUGCAACGACGAGCUAGACCUCCAGUUGUUUCAGAAAGAUACUGUUACAAGGGCAACACCGGGAGUAGGAGGGAGCUCGUCAGGGCCUGCACUCAGGUUUCCCUGUCACGUAUGUGGAAAGAGAUUUCGAUUCCAAAGUAUUUUGUCUCUUCACGCCAGAGCUCACAGUCUGGACCGAGACCGUAGAGCUACAGCCCUCUACCGGACUGGACUUCCCUCUGCACCCCUAAAGCAGCACCUCAAGGUCCCACAGAACCACAAAGACAUAAUCCAGAAUCAUAGGAGUCACGCUAACCAACGUUUAUUACCUGAGACCCUCAUUCAGCAUCUCACAGAUGAAGAAGACGUUGAUGGAGAGGUUAAAGGUCUAGAUGAUGGCCUACAGACUGACCAGAAUCAAAACUUUUUACUGGACGACAGCACAGCAUUGACGCCUCCUCUUACCGAGGAUCCUGGUUCUGUGACCUCUCACUAUUCUUCCACCACUGGGGAGUGUGUGUCCACAUCCAUAGCGCCUACGUUUCGCUGCCACGCCUGCAAGGGAAAAUUCCGCACGGCUUCGGAGUUGGCGAGACAUGUCCGCAUUCUCCACAACCCGUAUAAAUGCACUCUUUGUCCUUUUUCUGCCAGCCAAGAAGAAAGCCUCGCGUCCCACUUGCAGGAAUGUCACCCUUCCCCUGAAGUACCUGCUCUGCCACCAGCCUUCAGCUCCAGGCCCAUCAUUGCAACCCCUGACACUCCAGUUCCCACCCCAACCCACACCCCAGCCCCUGCCACAGGUACCCCACAGACAACGACAACCGCUGCGGCAGCUGCAUCGUCCUCGCUGCCUGCCUUUCGCUGUGAUACUUGUGGACAGCGGUUUACCCAAUCUUGGUUCCUUAAGGGACACAUGCGAAAGCACAAGGAUUCCUUGGACCAUAAGUGCCAGGUAUGUGGCCGUGGCUUCAAGGAGCCUUGGUUCCUAAAAAACCACAUGAAAGUACAUCUUAACAAGCUUGGGCUGAAGGCUGGUUUGGGGACCCUUGGGGGACUGAGUGGUGCUGAGCAGCAGACCAAAGCCUCUGCGAGCAGCCAGUCCCUCAACUCCCUAUACUCUAGCCUCAUUCUGGCUCAGCGAGGGGGUGGCAGAAGUGCACAAGGAAGAUCAGAAAGGGACAGUGGAGGCAGAAUGGGGAUAAACUCAAGCAAGUCGGCCAUCCUGGGCUAUCUCAGGUUACCCAAUGAUGGCAGUGGUGCUAGCUGUAUGGAGAGGCUUCAAGCAGUGGCUCAGGUGGCAGAGAUGGGAAAUGGUGGUGGUGGCAGUAUUACCGGCUCAGGAGGAGGCGACUCAGUGGGAGGAGGGGGAUCAACUAGGGCCAUGGGUGAGACUACAGCAUCAGUAUCUGAAGGAGGGGACCAGGCAACUUGGUGGCAGUUGGUGGCCCGCAGCCUGGCAGUUGCUCAGCAGCAGCAGAGGCCCCACCAGCGAGGCCAGCAUCAAGGCCAGCGAGGCGCAGGUCGGAGCUCCGUAAUCACUGACGCAGAUCAAGUCAGAGCCUAUCUUGGAGGCUUGGAUCCGAGAGAGGAGUCUGGUGGGACAGGAGGGCCGUGGGAAUGCCCAGACUGUGGAAAGCUGUUCCGCAGUCUACAACAGGUGGUGGUUCACGCUCGUGUUCACGCCCAGAGACCCCAGAAGGGAGGUGGUGGUGGUGGUGGUGGUGGUGAAGAAGAUGGUAGAAGAAGUAGUGGCAGAGGAGCUGGGCUAGGAAGACGAGGCAGCAGUGAAGUGAGACAGGAAUCCCAGCUACACAGUGGUGGAUCCCAGCAAACUGGAGACGUGAGACAGGAAUCGAAACUCCACAGCGGUGUGUCACAGCAGUCAGGAGCAGCUACAGGGUUUCACUCUGUCGUCUCAAGCUUCAAAGGAGAAAAUGUCUUGACAGCAGUCUCCUCCAUACCUUCAGUUCCCACCAGGGAGCGAGUGCGUGGCAGAGGGAUAAAAGACUGCCCCUACUGUGGCAAAGCGUUCCGCUCCUCACACCAUCUGAAAGUGCACCUGAGAGUUCACACAGGUGAAAGACCCUACAAAUGUCCCCAUUGUGACUAUGCGGGUACUCAGUCGGGUUCGCUGAAAUACCACCUCCAGCGACACCACAGGGAACAACGCAACGCCAUGUCAGCUUCCUCCAAUUCUUCCUCCACUGGCCUCACCUCCACAAUCAACAGCUUGACUUCUGCAACCUCCGGGAUGGCCAAGCAGCGCCGGUCCCAACUCAACCACUGCUCAGGCAGCCGCGUCUCCACUGAGUCCUCCUCCUCUAGGUCAAGCCAGCAGUCCUGGCUGCUGGGCCUCCCGGACCAGCCGGAGCACCGAAAGGCCUUGGCAGCACUAAGGGAUGUCGACUUGGAGACCCAGUAUAGAUAUCUGUCUGGGGUAAUGGGAGCCAUUUACCAAAGUGGAAUGGAAGGAGGCUGGAUUAGGGAGUCUCCCCCAGCAAAGGCUCCAAAAGUGUCCCGGCGUAAGCCCCUUACUACUAGCAGAAUGGUUCAGUCCUCAAGUGACAAAGAGGGGCCUGCGCCUUCAAAUCAGGGUGGGUUUGAACCCCUGGAUCUGUCCCGUCGUCCUUCACCCGGUCUUGGCGGGAUGGAAGAAGAUGGCGUCAUGAGUGUGGCUGCGGAAGGAGAGGCCAGUGGCGGCGACAGUUCAUCAGGGGUCAAACUAAGCCAGUGUUUGUUCUGCCCUUUCCGUACAUCCUCUGCUGAGCUGAUGGCCAUGCAUCUUCAGGUCAACCACACCAGUAAGUCCCGGCGCAAACGGGGCUCUUUGACUACUUUGGGUGACAGUGGAGCCCCAAAGGCCACCAGGCCCCGAAAGGGUCGCUCUGAUCUUAAUUCCAUGCAGAUAUGGAGGCACGCAAUUGAGGCUGAGUCCCGGGCACCCCUGGGGGAAUGGUCCUUAACUCAGGCCCAGACAACUAAUGGACUGUCUGAGGAUAAAACACAGCAUCUGGAUGAUGUCCUUGACUGCCCAGACUCAAAUGUGGCCACAGUAUCCAGGAGUGUACGCGAUGGUGUGGCAUAUAAGGGGAAGCUUGAUGGAGAGGAAGAAGAGCCAGACGAGGAAUUGGAGGAUAAUUUGGAGAACAGCAGUGUGGAAGAUUCACAGGACCGGGAUCUGAGGAUGUCUCUCGUUCUUUCACCAGACCUGAGCUUCAGAGAGAGAGAGGAGGAAGGAGUCUUAACAGAUUAAAACGCUUUUGGAUGACACAAUUUCAGUCAGAGAAUGGUCUUCAGUGUUUUCAGCUGCAUUUGCCACAAUCGAAUGAGUGGAAAGCUUUGCAGAGAGGAGGAAAUGGGUGUACGUUGAAAUGGAGACUCACCCCUCCAAAAUUCCAGAGAGUGGAGGCUUGAAUACUGCUAUUUCAUAGCUAUUACAUUCAAAAGUAUUUGUCUUCUUUAGUUCUGACAAUGUGGACCCUCACAAAACACAUUUUACUUGGGCAUGGAUGCAUCUUUUCAGGAUUUUCUAGGCCACUUUUUUUCUGUUUUUUUUUCAGCUUCACUUCAAGAUAGAUUUUUAAAAUGAUCGCAUAUUUGGUAAACGGAAGAAAUAAAUAUAAGGCAGAUCCUGCAUCAUUCCAGAGAUAACAAUGGACAAGAAAUAUAUAUCCCAAGACUACCGUGUUGAUCAACUUAAAACCAGCUGUGAAGAGAUACGUGUCGGACCACUCAACAGUAUGAAACAAAGUUCCUCCUCGACUGAUUGGGGAAAAUUUAGAGUAGGAAACUUUCAAGCUGUGAACCUCAGCUACGAUUUUUGGUAUUAAUUUAAGGCAUGAGGCAACUGUUACAGGUCAUGUACUUCUCUCAUCUGUAAAUCACUGCCUUGUUUGUCUGAGAAGUGUUUUUAGACAAUUGUACUAAAGAAACAGAAUGAAAAGUUUGUACGUUUUUCUUUUCAGUUAGUGCCUGUUUAUGUGUGUUGUCAAGAGAGUCUUUAAUAUUUCUGCGCAUCAAGGCUCUUUCAUUUAUCUGAAUAUACAGUUUAAAACAAUUUAAGUACAGUAUAUUUGUUAAAAGUGGGUCUACGGUGUUGUGAAUAGUUAAGUUGUAAAAGAAAUGCUACAUUGUAGUGUGAUAUCCUUGACAGAAACGACAGCCGUUUCUGGCUCAGCUUGAGGAGAAGACAAAAUAAGUAGGUGACGUGUAUAACGUGAUGAAAGAGGUCAAAUGCUGAGCGAUUAAUAGUGGUCACAGUUCAAACUUUAGUGUUUACAAUGGUGCUGAAGCGUGGGGCGCAGUUGUCGAGGCAACUCAAGGUCAUCAUAAAGGCGAGGAGAGAACAAAACGCAGCCAGCGUGGGUGAGGGCCGUCGCUCGAGCCCCCGAACACAAUCAACUGACAUGUCCUUUUCAAGAGACUGAGACUCGUGUCAAAAAAAUGAACAGUUUUUGUUUUUCCUCCAUCGGAGAAGAGAUACAAGCUAGAGUUGGAAAAAGAAAGCAGCCGCCCUGCCAAACAGGACUGAAUCUGAGAGUGUCAUUUAGAUGAGUAGAUUCCCUCUGUUCUUUUUUAUAUGAAAAGAAGGACAAUGAUAGGAGUAAUUAUUAAAACACUAACAAAUGCAUAGACAUCCCAGUAGAAUAUGUGUAGCUUUUGUAAAGACAAGAAUAAUAGUUUUUGUUUAUUUUCAUUUUAAGAUGCUUACAGAAAAAGGUUAUCAAAAUAGGUAAUUAUUGAUUAUAAUGUUUGUGAGCUAAGACUAGUUGGAAUGUCUAUACAGAGCACUGUGCAAGGUUUGAGUUCCCAAAGUAGCCGUUUUUACUUUGACUUUAUCGAUAGACCAAACGUUUAUUCAAUGGAAGUUGUCACUUUCUGUUGUUGUUUAAACUGUGUGAAGCUGUGGUUUCGUUAGAUUUACCCCAUCAAUUAGCAAAACCGGCCCAUCAGUCGAGCGAACAUCCAACCGUUGAACUGGUUGUUAAAUAAAGUUCAGAAUCAAGUUUUUUCUAAAAUUCUAGUGGAAGCAUAAUCAAUUAUUAUCGUGAAUUCUUGUGGUUUUAAGGUGUAUUUAUGGAAAAAACACAAAUGUGAGGCACUAGUUUCCCCGUACACUGGUAGACGAUGGCUAUUUAACUGCUCUGACUACUUUUUGAUGGGGUUUUCUGUGAUUGCAACCACACCUUAAUGUGCAUUAAUGUGUUUUUUUAGAGCACCUUAUGAGUUUUGUAGUGAAAGUCCCUUAGUGGUGUCUCCUUAACAACUACUGUCAAUGCCACCGUGCCUUCUGUUUCAAGCACUUCCUGGUGUAUUUUGUAAAACUCACCAAAAGCACUUAGCCUAUACUGUAUCUCCACACUGCAUCCUCUUUCCUUUUCUUUCACCUAUGUCCUUCCACUUCCUGUCCUCCUCACUUUUCCCCACCCACAAUCCAUUUCCUGUUUUUGUUUUUUAAUCCUGACCUGAAUCUUUUCUACACUUCAGGCCCAUUAGGCCUUAAACAAGAUUGCUACAAUCUAACUCGAUGGCUGUUAACCCUAACCUCCAGAUAAGAAGAAAAUCAUUAGACAUGCAGGGUUAAACUUUGGUUGUUAUACUAACCCUUGGUAAACCAAAGCCCAGGUUUAAGACUAAUCACUAUUAUAUUUAAUCUCAUGAUGUGCCAAAACAUGUCCAAUGUGACACUAAAGCAUAAAAAGACACAUAAAUAUGUUCUCCCUCAUCUGAUCCCCCCUCACUUUCUUCUGCUUGCUCUUUCUUCAUGCCCCUCUCUCGUCCGUAAGCUGUCGAUCUCUAACACCACUUGAAGGUGACGUGUACUAUCUGGUAUUGAGGCCUUUAUUAGAUUUUCAUUUCAGUUUGUGUGGUGUUUGUUCAAUGCCGUUGAGAUGGAAAAUGCUCUUCUUAUAAUAAUAAUUAUUAUUGUUUUGGCAUUAUGGUUAAGAAAAAUACGUAAAAAAACAAGAGAAAUGUGUUGUUGAAUGUUGUACAGAUAGCCCUAGAGAUGUUGUGUUUUUUUAAAGAGAGCACAAACCUGAGCGAUGGUCCCUUUUACUCCUCCCACUGGCAGAUGGGAAUAAAACGACCUGCCAAUCAUUGUAGGUGUCUAAUAAUAAAAAUUCCCUGAGCGAUAACAGCUUUUCAAAAUAAACCCUUUGCCUAAGUAGUGUUUUUCCUCUAGAGGAUUGCAUGUUUUAAAAAAACACCCUUUGACUCAAACUCCAGACCCAAAAUUAUAGCACAGAAAGAUAAGUCCUCUCUAAAAGACUGGAGUAUGUAUUCAAGGUAUAGUUUGAGUUAAGAGCUACUUACCACAGGCUGUACAAACACGCAGGUGCCUCGCCAUGUGUCUAUAGGCACAUUUAACAAAAUUUUAGAUCAAAUCUAUGUAAUGAAGACAAUGUGAUGACUGAUUUUUUUUAAACAUAAUAAUUAGUAAACUAUUAGCUCAGUCGGUACCAGAUAAGAUGACUGUACAAUCAGUAUUUAGCAGUGGCCAUUUUGAAGGUGAACAUUAUUGUGAGGUUAGGGGACCAUGCUGGGUUUGGGCUCUCGUGUAGCUGACUGCCAUUGCAGUGAGGGAAAACUGAUCUAACAUAGUAGUGACUAAUAUGACUUUGUGGACAGAUUAAAAAAAUAAAACACAUUAGAAAUAAUUAAACACAAUCAAA